UCAAGCGGCCACAUUCCUUCAGUGUUGUGGUGCAGCUGGUGCGUGCGAAAUGGAUUGAGUACCCAGUCCGAGUUUCGGAUCGUUUUUCGUUUAGUUUUACACGUGGUUUUGUUACGGGUAUUUUCAGUUCGGAACGUGUGCCUUUCGAUACGGUUUCUACUUCGGGUCGUGUGACAAGUGAACGAAGCUGUUUUUGCGGGUUUGUGUUUCUUAUUUCUAUUUGUUUACCAAUUCGGUUCGUGACAGCGUUUAUCAUCAAAAGGGAAGGCAAAGUGUUUUCUUCAAAAAUAGUAACCUACCUUCGAGUGUCCGUCAUGCCUACGUGUUUUAACCAAUCAUAGCGGUGGUUCUGUUGUGAAAGUUAAAUUUGUUUUCUAUUCUUUUGUUUGUGGAUAACGGAUAUUACAACAGACGUGGCAGCAAGCUGGUUGCGAAGGACCCUAGAUUUGCGGAGACAGUGUCCACGUGAGUGCCUUAGCCCUCCCCCGCGGCCGCAGGCGGGGCUGCCCCCUCCGCCAUGGAAGCCACGGACCCCGCCGCCGAGCCGCGCGAGCACGGCGACGGCGAUGACGAGGACGACGACGACGACCUGGAGAGCAAGCUGGCGCCCGAGACGAGCUACAACACCAUCAGCUCGCUGGUGGCCUUGAAGGAGCUGCUGCACGGCGACAGCUCGGACGACGACAUCGCGUGGUUCGAGCAGUUCUUCCUGCACCACGUGGACCGCCUGCCCAAGACGGAGCUGCGCUCCACCUACCUGCAGACCAUCAUGGAGGGCCGGCGGCUGUCCGAGUGCUGCGAGGAGGAGGUCGAGGUUGUCGGCGCCCUCGAGGACGAUGAGGAAGAGGAGGAGGAAGAGCCGCCGCAGGAGCAGCCCUCGCCGACCAAGGAGGAGGCCGAGGCGGAGGAAGAGCCCUCCUCCUCCUCGCUGGCCAAGGAAGAAGAAGACGACCCCUCCGUGUCCGUGGUCACCAGCCACCAGGGCCGCAGGUUCGAGGUGCGCACGGUGGCCUCGCCGGCUCCCCCGCCCUUGCGUCGCCGCAACACCAUGAGCGGCCUGUCGCGGCGCUCGCCCUCCCCUGCGCCCCUCCACGACCCCUACCUCACGUGGACGCGCGGCUGCCCGCUGCCGUCGCCGCACCUCGACCGCCGCUUCUUCGACAGCUCGCUCGUCGAGAUGAAGUCGCAGGCGUCGUCCAGCUCCACCAUCGACUACGACUCCUCGGAGGAGGUGUGGGUGAUGCGCCAGGACGUCUCCGCCCCCGGCUCGGAGCUCAAGAAGAAGGAGCUGGGCUCGCAGCCCCUGCCUGUCAUCAGCGUCACGGAGGAAGCGGACGGCGCCAUGGCCUCCGGACACCACGAGGGCGGCAGGCCGCGCUCAGGCACGUGGAGCAUGGCGCAGUCCCGCCACCACCACCACCACCACCACGCCGCCCCCGCCGCCGCCGCGCCGCCGCCGCCCACGGGCUCCACCUCGUCCACGGCCAGCUCCACCAGCUCCUCCGACUCGCGGUCGCAGCGCCGCCGCUCCGGCGACGACGUGCUGGCGCAGGCGCAGGCGCAGUCGCCGUCGCGUAACCACGCCAUCUUCGACGCCUUCCGGCCGCGCUCCAAGUCAGACGCGUCGCGCGCUAAGAAGCCCGGCGCCACCAUCAUCUCGCAGAUGAAGAGCGUCGUGCAGCACUCGCUCAUGUCAGCGCCGGCGGCCAGCCGCGGGUCCCCCGAGUCAGCGCACCACGGCCACGCGGGCGGCGGGGGGGACCCGCCGGCCCAGGCGGGGGGCAGGCCGCGCGCCGGGUCGGACGGCUCCAGCCGCGGCGCCGUCAGCAAGGUCAUGGACAUGUUCCGGCACCGCUCCCACAGCGCCGUCUCCGCCGAGGACAAGCGCAAAGCGGUAAGUCUACCGCACCCGAGCAAGAGGGCAGCAGCUUUGCACCAGCAGCAAGUUGCAGCACAAAGCGCCCUGCUGCGACGCAGCUCGCUGGACCCGGACCGACGCCGCCUGUCGCUCGUCACUUCGACGCCGCACCGGGCGUCGGACGCCUCGCUCGACCCGCACCACGCGGCCAUCUUGUUCCGCGACUCCCGAGGGCUUCCAGUCGCCGAUCCUUUCCUCGAGAAAGUCAGCAUCUCCGAACUGGAGGAUGAGGACCAGAUCUUCGUGAAGUUCUUCAAGUUCCACAAGUGUUACGACCUGAUACCGACCAGUGCCAAGCUCGUGGUGUUCGACACGCAGCUGCUCGUCAAGAAGGCGUUCUUCGCGCUCGUGUACAACGGUGUGAGAGCAGCGCCGCUGUGGGACAGCGCUCAGCAGAGCUUCGUGGGAAUGCUCACCAUCACGGACUUCAUCAAGAUACUGCAGAUGUACUACACCUCUCCGUCCGUCAAGAUGGAUGAGCUGGAGGAGCACAAGCUGGACACGUGGAGAAAUGUACUGAAGCAAGUGAAACCUCUAGUCAGCAUCAGUCCGGAUGAAUCGCUGUAUGAUGCGAUCAGGACUCUGAUACACAACAGGAUCCACAGGUUACCUGUCAUUGAUCCAGAAACUGGCAACGUGCUGUACAUUCUCACACACAAACGAAUUCUCAGGUUUCUUUUCCUAUAUAUUAACGACUUGCCAAAACCAAGCUACAUGAACAAAACCUUACGUGAACUGCACAUAGGCACGUACAAUGACAUAGAAACCGCGUUCGAAGAUACCUCAAUCAUCUUGGCCUUGAAGAAAUUUGUGGAGAGGAGAGUUUCAGCUCUGCCCAUUGUGGACAACGAGGGACGUCUUGUGGACAUAUAUGCCAAAUUUGACGUUAUUAAUUUAGCAGCUGAGAAAACCUAUAAUAACCUGGAUGUUUCAUUGAAGAAAGCCAAUGAGCAUCGAAACGAGUGGUUUGAAGGCGUUCAGAAGUGCAAAAUGGACGAGACUUUGCAGGCUGUGAUGGAUAAGAUAGUGAGGGCGGAGGUCCAUAGGUUAGUGGUGGUUGACGAGGACGACAAAGUCAUAGGAAUCAUCUCACUCUCUGAUUUACUACUGUACCUGGUUUUAAGGCCAUGUGGUGAGGAAGGCAGUCCCGAAGGCUGCACGUCCCUCAGGCAGCAGGACACGGCCAGCCUGCACCACCAGUCCUCCGAUACCUCCACCAUCCCCGAGGAGGACGCCAGCGACGGCGAGGCAGAGAGCACCACCACCGUCGCCUCCGCCUCGCCCCCGCCCUCCCCCUCCUGCCCGGACCGCCUCGACUCGUCCGCGGCCCACCGCGCGGGUCUGGGCGCCGGCUGGCGGGAGGUCACCGUGUCCGGGGGCGAGUGACGGGCUGCCUCCCGGCCCCCGCCGACACCUCUCCUUCUCUCCGGUCAGCCGACUGGGGGGGGACUGCUUGCCCUGCCCGCUACGCGACAGGCAGUGUUUUGAUUUUUGCGUCGGCUGCUUUGCACGCAUGGCUGUUGUUUUACGUGAGAUGUUAAGUUGGUAGCGAGCGAGGGGAAUGAAGAUGAUGAUGAUUUUCAUGAUGAUGAUGAUGAUGAUGAUGAUGCUAGUGAUUUCUUGUUGGUUUCCACGUUCGUGAGUAAACACUUGUCGUGGAGAAAAAAAAGUAACGAAGAAGGGAAGAUGAGAAGUUGUUCAUGUUUUGUAGGUCCUGUAGACAUAACUAUUUAAGAGAAAUUAAUAGCUGAGGUAGUUUUUUAUUACAUUAUUUAAUGUGGCUUCUUUUAAAAAAAAAAUCUUAAUUCUAAAAAUGUUAGACGAAUAAGAGGUGCUAUUAUGAAUUUAUAAAAACUGAAAUUUUUUUGUGUGACAUGUAGAAAGUCACUCCUCUUUGAGUUAAUCUGUGAUGUGAAAAUAUUUUAGUACAAAGUGUGAUGAUACUUGAAGAAGGUAAUAUGAAAGUUGAAGUGAUGGAGGCACGUUGUUGUAUAGUGUGAUUGUGUUGUAAUGAAACCUACCAGUAUAGUUGUAGUAACUAAUGAUUCAGAAAAGAACUACCAAA